AUGGAGCCCUAUCCGCCGAUCACCAUUGGCCAAGCCGGAGACAGUGGGGCCCGCCUGCGCCGCCUCUCCCGCACCAAGACCACCGAGUCCGUCAAGGCCCAGAGGGACGACGCCCUCGACGUGAACUUGCCCUACCGCACCCUCACCGCCGAGGCCAACAUGGACGAGUACCGCGUCGAGACCCGCGGCGGCGAGAUUCCCGGCCCUCCCAAGGAAGGCACCGGCGAGGCCGGCAACUACAGGCUCGUCACGUUUGAGCCCAACGACCCCGGUAACCCCAAGAACUGGUCCAAGGCCCGAAAGUGGUACUGUACCAUGGUGGUCGCUUUUACCUGCUUCGUCGUCGCUUUCGAGUCUUCCGUCAUCACGGCCGACAUUGGCGGCUAUCUCCUUUUUCGUCAUGGGUUUCGGUAUCGGUCCCAUGGUGUUUGCGCCCUCUCUGAAAUUUACGGCCGACGCAUCAUCUACGCCUCCACCCUCGCUCUGGCUGUCAUCUUCAUCAUCCCCUGCGCCGUUGCCCAAAACAUCGAAACCCUCCUCGUAUGCCGCGCCAUCGACGGCAUCGCCUUCUCCGCCCCCAUGACCCUCGUCGGCGGCACCCUCGCAGAUCUGUGGAAGAACGAGGAGCGCGGCGUCCCCAUGGCCGUCUUCUCCGCCGCCCCCUUCAUCGGCCCCGCCAUCGGUCCCCUCGCCGGCGGUUUCCUCUCCGACGCCGCCGGCUGGCGCUGGCUCUACUGGCUGCAGCUCAUCCUCGCUGGCGUCGCCUGGAUCCUCAUCACCUUCACCAUCCCCGAGACCUAUGCCCCCACCAUUCUCGCCGCCCGCGCCAAGAAGCUCCGCAAGGAGACGGGCAACACGGACUACGUCACCGAGCAGGACCUUGACCUGAGGCCCAUGUCUGAGCGUCUUCGCAUCUUCCUGUGGCGACCCUUCCAGCUCCUCUUCGGCGAGCUCAUCGUCUUCCUCAUCAGCUUGUACAUGUCUGUCCUGUAUGGUCUUCUGUACAUGUUCUUCGUUGCCUUCCCCAUCAUUUAUGAGCAGAGGAAGGGUUGGUCGUCCGGCCACACUGGUCUCUCCUUCAUCCCCAUCGCCGUUGGUACUCUCGCUUCGGCUGCUUGCGCGCCCUCGUCAACAAAGACUACAUCAAGCGUGUCAACAAGCACAACGGCCACCCCCGCCGAAGUCCGCCUUAUCCCCAUGAUGGUCAGCUGCUGGUUCAUCCCCGUCGGCCUCUUCAUCUUCGCCUGA